AUGCUACCCAAAUACUACCACCAGAUUCUUGUGUUUGCAUUUGCCAUGGAAGAGAUCAACAAAAAUCCCUAUAUCUUACCCAACCACACACUGGAAUACAUCACCAUUCAAAAUGCUUAUAAUCAAAUGGGAACAAGUUUUGGGACCAUGAGUCUCCUUUUCACCUUACGGGGGAGUCCUCUUAACUACAUGUGUAACAGAAAAUACAAGUUAACAGCCAUCAUUGGAGGACUUGGUGCUCAUAAUUCCAGGCAGAUGCCCCACAUCUUAAACAUCUAUAAGAUCCCACAGCUGAGUUAUGGCUCCUUCGACCCUGUGUUGAAUGACAAAAUUCAGUUCCCUUCUGUCUAUCGGAUGAUCCCAAAUGACAUUCCUCAGUAUGUUGGGAUUGUCAAGAUGCUUAAACAAUUUGGGUGGACCUGGAUUGGCCUCAUUGUUUCAGAUGAUGAGAGUGGAGAAAUGCUAUUGAAGACUCUCCUUUCUCAGCUCCUCCAGAACAAUAUUUGCCUUGCUUUUAAGGAAAUCAUUCCAGCAGUGAAGGAACCCUGGAAAGGAUAUCGUGAAGGAAGACUGGAACUAAAUGCUAAAAUGGAAAGAUUAAGUUCUAUUCUCUCGUCAACAGACGCCAAUGUCAUUCUUGUUCACGGGGAUUCACAAGCAAUGGAGGGCUUACGAAUGGUUCUGUCAUUCAAUGAAUUGGAUGGAAUGAAGCCAAUAGAGAAGGUUUGGAUCAUAACAGCUCAGUGGGAUUUUACAUCUGUAUUCUAUAGUGGAGUAUUCACACCUAAAUCCUUCAAUGGUACUUUGUCCUUUACUCUCCAUACAAAUGACAUGGCAAGAUAUAAAGCAUUUCUUGAGACUUUAAAUCCUAAUCAGUCUGUCCUUGAUUACUUCACUUUAUUCUGGUCCAAUGUGUUUGUCUGUUCCCACCCUACAUACAAUAUAUAUAUACCAAAUGUAGGAAACUGUACUAACCAGGAAAAGGUAAGCAAUCUGCCUGAAUUUGUAUUUGAAAUGAGAAUGUCUGGUCAGAGCUACAGCAUCUAUAAUGCUGUUUAUGCUGUGGCACAUGCCCUCCAUGCCAUGUUUUCAUCAAAAUUCCACAAGAAGGCAAUGGGAGAGGGAAGGACAUGGGACCUUCGAAACAUCCAGCCGUGGCAGGUUCAGUCUUUCCUGAAGCACAUCCAUUUCAAUAACAGUGUUGGAGAAGAAAUAUUUUUUGAUGAAAAUGGAGAGCUGGCAAGUGGAUAUGAUAUCAUCAACACAGUUACAUUUCUCAAUCAGUCCAUUCACAGAGUCCAUGUUGGAAGGAUAAACCCACAGGCUCUUGCAGGAAAAGAGUUCACCAUUAAUGGAAGUGUCAUUACAUGGAACCACAAGUUCAACCAGAAGCUUCCCCAAUCCAGAUGUGUUGAGGGCUGCCAUCCUGGACAUAGCAAGAUCGUCCGCCAAGGGGAACAGAUCUGUUGUUAUGACUGUCUACAAUGUCCUGAAGGAAUGAUUGCAAACCAGAUGGAUGCAGAACACUGUGUCAAGUGCUCAGAGGAUCAACAUCCAAACAAGAAUCAGGAUCAGUGCAUCUCCAAACAGAUUACCUAUCUGUCAUAUGAUGAGCCCCUGGGAAUCGUUUUGUCUUCUUUUAUUAUUUCCUUUUCUCUAAUAACCCUUAUGGUUUUGUGGAGCUUCAUUCAGCACCAGAAUACUCCCAUUAUCAAAGCCAGUAACAGAAGUGUUACCUACACUCUGCUUGUCUCUCUGCUAUUUUGCUUUCUGUGCUCUUUUCUGUUCAUUGGUCAGCCCAGAAUGGUGUCUUGCACUUUGCGGCAAGUGUUGUUUGCCAUCAUCUUCUCUGUUGCCAUUUCUUCAGUCUUGGGCAAAACUAUCACAGUAAUCCUGGCCUUCCUGGCUACCAAACCAGGGCACAGAAUGCAGAAAUGGGUAGGGAAGAGUUUGGCAGGGUCAAUCAUCAUCCUCUCAACUCUCAUUCAAACAGCUAUUUGUGUUGUGUGGUUGUCUGUCUGUCCACCAUUCUUGGAGUUGGAUACGUGGUCUGAGAUUCAUCAGAUCAUUGUACAAUGCAAUGAAGGCUCCAAUGUUAUAUUCUACAUAGUCCUAAGCUAUAUGGGGCUGUUAGCUUUCAUCAGCUUCACUGUAGCCUUCUUUGCCAGAAAGCUGCCUGGUGCUUUUAAUGAAGCCAAGCUGAUCACCUUCAGCAUGUUGAUGUUUUGCAGUGUUUGGGUGUCCUUUGUCCCCACAUACCUGAGCACAAAGGGCAAAUACAUGGUGGCUGUGGAGAUCUUCUCCAUAUUAACCUCUAGUGCUGGAUUGCUGGGCUGCAUUUUUAUCCCUAAAUUCUACAUAAUUGUCAUAAGGCCUGAGUUGAACACCAGAGUUCAUUUAGUAAGAAAAACAAUAAAGAUCUAG